CCUGUUGCAGCGCCGGCGAGAGAAUUGGCUUUGUUAGUUUGCGGUGAUCUUCCAUUGACACCCGGGGCAGCUUGGUCUUAUUAUUAGCGCCUCGACAUUGACCAGUGCGAGAGGUUUCUAAUAGACCAGUGAACGACACGCGGGGAGGCAGGGGCAACAGGGGGCGAGCGAGAGCGAUGGCGAUGGCGAUGGCGACGCUGAGUUGAUGAUCUAGCCUUCAACCAGGAUAGACGCCCACACUAAACCAACAGGCUGCAACACCAUUCCAACUCCAAGGUCUGGGGGCAGACAGCGGCUGGCUCGGACGGCACAGGCCGGCGGGGGCUUGGAGUUCGGUAACGUCCGGACGCUUGGAUUCGAGGUGUGGAGUGGAAUACCUACAGUGGGCAACGACCAGCCUAGACGGACGCUGUCGGCCGCUUCCUAAGGCUCAUAUGAGCGUCACAUACAGUAAUGUGCUUCGUAUCGUGGAUGAGCCUCGUACAGACAGGCAUUUAGUUCAGCCUCAGGCGGCGGGAAGAGCCUAGAGAGCCCUGUUAUUGCAAGUUGCAGCGAGCGCAGGAGAUUGCGUACCAGGCCUGAGGCUUCUCUGGCAAUGACCUGCACUGGCAGGAGCAUAUGAUGAUGGGCAAGAUACAGGCAUUAGCGAAGAACUGUUUGUCUCUUCUGUCGUUUUCGUUCAUCUCAAGUCUAGUCUCUGCCACAGAAUGCAAAUACAACCCUGCCAGUGUACACGCCUUCGUCUGCUCUAAUCCAGCUGAAAACGUCAAAAGUGCGCAUCUAUCGCCAUUCGGUUAUGCAAGCCCAAGGCUGCUGCAGUACCGAAGAAGCUGUGCCACACGGGGAAGAACAGACGAGCCGCCCAGACAAGGACACGCGCAGACGAGCCGGGGUUCUCUCACCAAAGGUCCCUUCGCCUGCGAGGGACUACCUAUGUAUGUUGUCUUGUGUAACACUGCGUCAAAGCGAGUCGACCAGGGGCAUUGCAGAAACACUACAUGCAUACAGCAUACACUGGCAACGCGAAGUACUAGAACACCACCACACCACCACACCACCCACCACUCACUCCUACUAGUACUGCAUCACUCCCCUGACAUGAUGCAGAGCCGGCAUAUACUGUACAUGAGUGAUCGAAGGGCUGAUCAGGCUUGCAGUGCGUCCGUCGCCAUCCACCCACGCUGCCGACAAAAACCAUCCCUUACUUCGGCACUGCAUCGUACCAUUAAAAUCAAUCAGUAGUCUAAGGUAUCAGCUGUGCAAGGUCCGUCUGCACCGAGUGCAUACUGUACGUCAAAUGACUGUAGGUACGAGGUACCUCGAUAGACACCUGCAUUCAGCUGAGAGGUGCCCAAGUCGAGUUGUUUCGUUUCAUUCCGCCACGGGCACGAUGAAACUGGCUUCGGACAAGCCUGCCUCAUCCUCUAAUCGAAUACAUUCUGGCCUCUAGCAUACUUGACGCCAAUCAUUCAAUCUCGUAACUUCAUAUCCAUUCAUGGUACCAAGGCACACCCACCAUCAAA